UGCACAAUGCUACAUAUGUGCUUCAUGGCCAUUAAUAGGUAUGUUAUGAUAUGUCAUCCCAUGAAAUAUCGGAGCUAUUUUACAAAGAGGGGUGUUGUCGUUUCAAUUGGAAUAAUCUGGAGUAUUUCUUUGUUCAUGGCCCUUUUACCAGUUAUGGGCUGGGGGUCGUAUAAGAUGUACCAUACAUUUGGCUGUUGUCUCCCUAACUUUCUACAGGACCUCGAUUUCACAAUCACGAACCUCGUUCUGAUCACUAUCAUCCCAACGAAUAUCAUGGUUUUCUGUUACGUCAUGGUAUUCAAAACAGUCCGAAACUCAAAAAGGAAAAUCGCAAUUGCAUUGGAAAAUAAUGAACACAAGGCAUCAAACGCUCGCAAAAAUGAUAAAAACAAGAGGAAAGAAAUGAAUAUAACAAAAGUGGUACUAAUGAUAAUGGUGUCAUAUUUUGUGUGCUAUUCACCAUUUUUGAUCCUAUUUACAAUAAACGACAUAUUUGGUAUAUAUAUUCCUUAUUUGGCAGGGAAAAUGUCAUCCCUCUUUGUUGUAGGCAGUAGUACCUGCAAUCCGUUCAUUCUCUAUCUCCUCAGUUCGGAGUUAAGAAGGCGUAUAUAGCCAUGUUACCAAUGGCUUGUCAGAGGAAGCUCAGUUCAUUAAAUGAACAUGGCGAGGAUGAAUCCGUAACUGAAAGAACACAAGUUGAGAGGAUAUGAUUUAAGUAUCGUGAUGAUGAUGAUUUCAAUGCCCUGUCCACGCAAAGGAUAUGGAAAUACCAGGUCGUUCAAUAAGUUCACGGAAAAAAGCUCUCAUUUUAGAUAUUUUCUCAUGAGAUUUUCACACAAUGCAUAAGAAGUAUUUUCUGAUUGAUUCUUAAAA